UAUUAUAAUCAUCUUCAGAGUUCAGCUGUCAGUCAAAGAGACAACCUGAAAACAUCGAAACUUUAAAAGUGACAGUUGUUGUGUUCUGUUUUAAGGGUCAUCCGGGUCACUUGUCAGUCUGAGAGAAUGCCUCUGAUCGAGCUCAUGCGGGACUCGGACUUGGAGCGCUUGGCCCUGGAGCGGGUCGUCCCGGCUCUGCUGGCCCGCGGGUUCUGCUACCUGGACGGACUGCUCGGGGACGUGGCCGGCGACGCGGUGCUGGACCAGGUGAAGGAGAUGCACUUCUCCGGGGCGCUGCAGGACGGCCGGCUGGCGGGCUCCGCGUCGGGCGUCCACCGGAGGAGCAUCCGCGGGGACAAGAUCGCGUGGGUGAGCGGCACGGAGCGCGGCUGUGAGGCGAUUAACUUCCUGCUCAACGUGAUCGAUAAACUGAUCUCCGUGUGCGCGAGACGGCUCGGGGGCAAAGCCAUCCGGGAGAGGUCAAAGGCCAUGGUGGCGUGUUACCCUGGAAACGGGGCAGGUUACGUCAAACACGUGGACAACCCAAACUUGGACGGACGCUGCAUCACCUGCAUCUACUACCUCAACAAGAACUGGGACCCCAAGGAGCACGGAGGAAUCCUCCGGAUUUUCCCAGAGGGGAAGUCUUACGUAGCCGACAUCAAGCCGCUGUUCGACCGGCUGCUCUUCUUCUGGUCAGACCGCAGGAACCCACACGAGGUGCAGCCCUCCUUCGCCACCAGGUAUGCCAUCACGAUCUGGUACUUUGACUCUGAGGAGAGAGCAGAGGCUAAGAGACGCACCAGAAGCCUGACAGCUUCCACUCUGCAGCAGGGCAGCAGCUCCAGCUGAAUGUGAGGAAACAUCACCACCUGGUGUUUGAUUCGCUGAUCAGCAGGGGAAGACGACAGGACUCCUCCGAACCCCCAAAGCUUCUGAAACGCUGAAAGAAAAAAGUCACUGUGGAGGGAUUCAGGGGGUUUUCAAAUCUAAAGUCCCUUCAUGUCUUUGGUUGGGAUCAGGGAUGGUCCACCUUCCUGCACUGCUGAAACCUGAUGAAUGCUGAGUUCAGGGGACCUGCGGUUUUUCUGGACUUUCUUCUACUCUGAGAUGUUUGUGCGUUUCUCCCGGCUGAGGAGAGGAAAAGAGCAGACUGCACCUUUAAGAGAAGGAAAAGAGACAAACGUUUAUAGACAGAAAGACUUUAGAGACUGCAUGUGAGGUUGAUGUAUUUCAUGCUGUACUUGUUUAACGUCUUUCUUAAACUUUGGAAGAGGCUGAAAAACAUGGGAGUUUUUCUGUGUCAAAGAGGAUCACUGGAGAAGAAUAACUGGUUAAUGAAAUCUUGAAAAUGUCAAACUGUGUUAUUGCACUCUUAUCUUGAUUAAAUUGUUUGUUGAAUUGAUAAUAAAACUUGAUCUUGAUAACAAGGAAA